AUGCAAAACCAACCAAAACUCACCCCAAGAUUUGGCUGCCCGUUCCCACCCCAGUCACCACAAAGACUGCGCCGAGAGCUGAGAGAAUCUAAAGGAUCAAUGACAAUUGAACAGUACCUUGGUGCUUCGGGUCUAUACCACUCGACAACGGUCUCUAGCCCCGUUCCAUACCUCUGCUCUGUCCUUCUAGGUAGAAAAAAAUGCGAAGAGUGCCGAAAGGCCCAUCGCCCCUGUGUCCCGGCACCGGUGAACAAGACCCCCCAACAAGUCAUUGACCUCUGCGGGCCAAUCUACUUUAACAGUAGGUUUGGCUGUGUCGCGCAAGGUGACCGUGAUGAGUUCCAACAGCUUGUCGCCGAAACUAACCGGCCUGCGGCUCUGGUGCGAAGCCAGAGAGCUCGGGCAGCUGCUCUCGCUAGCGUCGCCAGUUUCUCCGUACAAACUUCAGAUCGGUUUCAGUUUAAGCAAAGCCAGAAUACCUAG